AUGGGCUUUCUUCGUUCAGGCAUUCUCGUUUCCGCGGCUUUGGCUGCCGUCCAUGCGAGAUGCGUCCCUCGGACCUCGAUUGAUUGCAGCAGCUUGGCCGGAGUAUCAUUGGGUGCGGGUUACAGCAUCACGAGCGCGGAGGAAUAUGCAGCGGGAGAAGUGAUUGCCACAGAUAUCAUCAAUGAAAUCAGUCUUUGUCUAGUGCAAGGGACUAUUUCAUAUGGAUCUAAUGAUGUUCCUGUCAAAAAUGGCGCCAACACUCUUACUUGGAACCUCUAUCUGCCCCUUGCUUCCGAUUAUAAUGGAAGGUUCAUCGUUAUUGGAAACGGCGGUUAUGCUGGUGUCAUCGAUAACGGGACAAUGAUGGAGCAGCUCAAUUUGGGCUAUUCAGCUGCUGGUUGUGACAGCGGUCAUUCACUUGCUGCAGACGGAAACGGUACCUAUGCUUCAUUCCUAGGGAACACUGCGGAAGUAGAGGCCUGGAUACACAAUUCCAUCGCUAUGACCACUACUCUUACUCGGGAACUGACAACGGAGUACUACGCAACGGCCCCGGAAUACAGCUACUAUUAUGGAUGCUCAACAGGUGGCGCCCAGGGAUUCGCAUUAGCUCAGUUUUACCCAGAUCUGUUUGAUGGAAUCUACGCCGGAAGUCCUGGAAAUUGGUAUAGUCAUUUGGUCCUCAGCUUCCUCUGGAACGGGCUGCACACCGCAGGCACUGGUUAUAUGAGUCAAGAUGCUUUGAAUUUCAUCACUGCUAGCGUUAUCUCCGCAUGUGAUUCCAUAGAUGGAGUUGUCGAUGGGUUGAUUGAGAAUCCUCUACUCUGUGACUACGAUAUCACUCAACUCGAGUGCACAAGUGGUCAGAGUUCUACCGAUACCAAUGGCACGGUUGUAUGCCUCACUUCAGCUCAGAUCACAGCCGCGGAAGCUGUUUAUGCAGGCCCGAAGAACGUGCUCACAGGCGACGCAGUGUAUCCUGGGCUCAGUUUCGGAUCGGAGAAUGGUUGGAUCUACCAAGAAACCAUUCUCUAUGAAGACUUUACCACACUCAUUCUGGAGGAAAUAGUCUUCGAUGAUCUCGCAUACAAUGUGUCCAGCUUUAACUGGGGCUCGGAUGUUUCCAAAGUUGACAGUAUCGCGUCUCCUUUGAUCGAUGAGAUCUCGACGAAUCUCUCUUCUUUCCAAAAGCAGGGUGGGAAGAUGAUCGUAACUCAGGGCUGGGCGGAUCAGUUCAACGCGGCCACCUGGCCCAUUCAGCACCUUGAGCAGCUUCAGGCGGCAAUGGGCGCUGACACAGUCAACAGUUUCUUUGAGCUUUUCAUGGUCCCUGGAGGUGGUCAUUGCGGUUCCAAUCCUGAAUACACCCACGUUCCUGGUACAUACAAUGUAUUGGAUGUGCUUGUUCCAUGGGUGGAGCAAGGAAUUCAACCUACUCAGAUGGAGAGCAUAACUCCUCCGGAUGGGACAAACACCACGCGUAAACUUUGUCCUUGGCCGAAGACUGCGCACCAUGUGAAAGGCGAUGUUGAUGACUGGACAUCAUAUACCUGUUCCGAGUCUUAG